AUGGCCGCGGCGGCGCAGCCGCACCCGCUGCCGCCCGUGCCGGCGGAGGGGUCGGCCCCCGCGGCGCCCCCGGCCGCGCCCGCUGCGUCGCGGCCCUACGAGCUGGCGGUCGCGGCGGCGGAGCUACGCCCGGUGGACUGCAACCUCGCCGCGCUCUGCGACCACGUCCAGGCCGAGGGCUUCGGCUCCGGCGCCUUCUCCGAUGUCGUCGUCGAGGCCAUGGGCGCCACCUACCGCCUCCACCGCCUCAUCAUCUCCCGCAGCACCUACUUCAGGAAUAUGUUGCAUGGUCCAUGGAGAGAAGCUGGAGCACCUACAGUGGUCUUGCAAUUAGAUGAUUCUAAUGUGGAUUCAGAAGCGAUUGCAAUUUCUCUGGCAUAUCUUUAUGGGCAGCCCCCCAAGCUUAAUGAUAACAAUGCGUUUCGUGUACUGGCAGCUGCAUCAUUUCUGGAUCUUCAGGGCUUGUGUACAAUAUGUACUGAUUUUAUUAUUUCUGAACUUUGGACAUCAAACUUUUUACAGUACCAGUUGUUUGCGGAAAGCCAAGAUUAUGGUAGUCAUGGAGAGCGUGUGAGAAAUGCUUGUUGGGGUUAUCUUUGUCAAAGUGCCACACUGGAACUACGUGAGGUGCUUCCAAAACUGUCUUCACAAACUUUGCAUGCUCUCCUUACAUCUGAUGAAUUGUGGGUACCUAAUGAGGAGAAACGGUUUGAACUAGCAUUAUUUGCUCUACUUGCAAAGGUGACUGUGUCUGAUGUUGAAGUUAGUGGAAACGAAAAUUUGAACCUUAUGGCAAGCUCACCAACUGUUGAUCCUUCCAUGGGGAAGGGAAAGAGUUUGAUGAAUGAAAUUGGUGAGGAGCAGCUAAUGGAAUCUGAACUGCAGAAGUUGAAGUUGCAUGAUAACAGGAGUAAAACUGCCCAAAACAUCAUUGAUGUUCCCAGUGUUAUAAUUCCGCAGAAUAGCAUAUCGUACUCCAUUCCUCAAACUGCUGAAGCUUCCAACAGGAUGGAGAAUGACACUUCUACAGGAGGACCAUCCGCAGAAAGCACUUCUUAUCAAUUUAACGAAAAUCUCUGGCAUUCUAGUGAGCCAACAAAGAAUUACUUCUCAAGAACUUCUUCGAGUAAUGGAUUAGUUCCAAGUGAGUGGGGAAGACCCACUGCACUUCUUUGGGGUGGUAGGGUUGUUGGUCGCCGGCAGGUUAGAUGCGUUAGCGGAAGUUCUUCAUUGUCUGCUGAUGAAUAUAAUGCUUUCAUGAACAUAUUUGAAAGGGGUUCUCUUCUCUACUGCAAUAUGUCAUUUGAUGCACUGUUAAGUGUUCGAAAGCAACUUGAAGAGUUUGAAUUUCCUUGCAAAGCUGUAAAUGAUGGUCUUUGGCUACAGAUGCUCCUGUGUCACAGAGUGCAAGCAAUAGUUGCUGAUACUUGCAGAAAUUGUUGCCUUACAAGUAAUUCUUGUGCUUGUAAACAAGCAUAUGUGAAUACGCACAGCCACUACAGACAGGAGCAUGAUCGGACGAGUGCUUCAGGUACUGCAGGUAGUAUCUACCUUGGAGAUGCCCAAGGCGAUGUCAGAAUACAUAACGUAAGAGGAGCAGUUGAUGGACUUGCUGGCAUUGGGAGAGGAAACUCCAAUGUGCCUGGUGCAGCAUGGGCUCCUACACGCUAUGUAUUCUCUCGUGUUCCUUAUGGGCUUGGUUCAAGGAAUGGCCAACAAUCAUUUGCCAAUGAUGAAGCCGAACCUAGAGUUGACCACAAUGGAGAUAUUCCAGGAGAUGGUCUGACUGCAUUGGUCAAUCUUAGCCAAGAAAGCAGUGCUUCUCAUCAUCAGACAGAAAGUAUAUUUGAGGCAGGCAUGCAAACUAGAUAUUCUGGUGCUGCUUCUGUUUCUACACCAGGUGGUUCUUCCCUCCAGAUGCAAGAGUCAAAAGAGCAUGAACCUGGGUCCAGUUGGGAAAGCACAGAUAACACAACUAUAUCAUUGGACACGAGAACACCACUUAGUCACUUUCCUCCUUUCCGUUUUGGGGUUGAGUUUGAAGAUGUGCAUAGGCUUGGGGAUGGUCAGGUGAAACACUCCCCUGAAGUAUUUUACGCCGGCUCACUAUGGAAGGUAAGUGUCCAGGCGUUCAAUGACGAAGAUCCUCAUGGGCGUCGCACCCUUGGGCUUUUUCUGCACAGACGCAAAGCUGAGCUGUUAGAUCCCUUGAGGAAGGCCCACAUGUAUAUUGACCCCCGGGAAAAGGUCACUGCACGGUAUCAGCUCAUCUGUCCAUCGAAAAGAGAGGUCAUGAUAUUUGGAAGCCUGAAGCAGGCCGGCACUCUCCUACCCAAAGCUCCAAAAGGGUGGGGUUGGCGCACUGCUAUACUGUUUGAUGAACUUGCAGAUCUUCUCCAAGGUGGAUCCCUGAGAGUUGCUGCAGUAGUCCAGCUUGUGUAAGCUAAAAGCAGGCCAUUGUACAUCGAGAAGCUUCGAUGGUACUAUAUAUAUAGUAGUGUGGAUCUGUGCAAGGAAGAGAGAGAGAGAGACAAUAGCACGUAAAUAAUGCCUCGGAGGUUAGCGGUUUCACCGCAAUGUAAUGUACUAUGUAGUUUCAUGCGUGACAUAUAUUCUGUGAAUUCUAUACUGUAGUUGAAGCAGUGUAAUAAGAGUUGUAUAGCGUCAUGUAAUUCAAGGUAGUUGGAGGAAUUUUAUCAGGCAGGUAUGCUCGCUGCUGUCAGUUUGCACGAAAAUGUAACCAUAGCUCAUAGCU